UCCUUGUUCACCCCAGCUCAAGUCUCGUCAAUUUCUCUCUCACCAAACAAACAAAGCAAAGCGAGUCUCAGAUCGUCAAUGGAAGGCCAACACUCUCACUCUCACUCCUUCACUUCCGCCUCUCCCGAUGCCGGCGCCGGCGGAUCCACCGGAGCUCGUUACAAGCUCAUGUCUCCGGCCAAACUCCCGAUCUCUCGCUCCACUUCCAUCACUAUCCCUCCCGGUCUUAGCCCUACCUCCUUUCUCGAAUCUCCUGUUCUUCUCUCUAACAUCAAGGCGGAGCCUUCACCAACAACUGGUUCCUUUUUCAAUUCCCAGAUGAUGCAUGGCUUUGGGGGCUCGGUUGCAUUAUCAUUGAAUGGAAAUCGCUCAAAUAGCAAUUCUUAUGAUGAACAAAAAUCCAGUUGCUUUGAGUUUAAACCUCAUACUGGUUCCAACCCUGUUUCUGGGCUGUCAACAUCAGGACAUCCGGUAUCAUCAGGGUUCUAUCAGCAGAAAAAUGAGCCUCGUGAACAAACUCAAAACCAAUGCCAGUUUCAGUCAUAUGUAUCAAUGCCUUUAGCCAGAUAUGAGAUGCCAACCUCUAAAGAAUCUAGCCAGUUUGCAUCCAUGAAUAUGUCUACUGCAAUAGUUAGUGUACCUUCUACUGCUGAAUAUGAUGAAAUGAACCAAAGUGAGCACUCUAAAGGUGGAAAUGAAGACCCACAAUCAGAUCAUCGAGAUGCCUUGCCGUCUGUUGCACCUGAUAAAUCGUCAGAUGAUGGUUAUAAUUGGCGAAAGUAUGGGCAGAAACUUGUUAAAGGAUGUGAGUUUCCUCGAAGCUAUUAUAAAUGUACAUAUCCUAAUUGUGAUGUUAAGAAGAUUUUCGAGCGCGCUCUCGACGGACAAAUAAAAGAGAUAGUUUACAAGGGAGCACAUGAUCAUCCUAAACCUCAACCUAGCCGUCGCUUCACUGCUGGUGCUCUUAUAUCCAUCCAAGAGGAAAAGGCUAUCAAUGCUUCAUCUUUAACUGGUCAAGGAGACACCACAUACAGUCAGACCCUUAGUACUGACCAGAAUGGAACUCCUCUAUCAUCUCCUCGAGGAGUCAAUGCUGAUAAUGUUGAUGGUGCAUCUCCACUAUUAAACAGCGUCACUGAUGACAUUGACAAUGAUGAUCAAUUUAUGAAGCGAAGAAGGACAGAUCUUGGCAACAUUGAUAUAUCUCCAGUUGUUAAGCCUAUUCGCGAACCCCGUGUUGUUGUCCAAACUCUAAGUGAAGUUGAUAUACUAGAUGAUGGGUACCGAUGGCGUAAAUAUGGCCAGAAAGUGGUCCGAGGCAAUCCUAAUCCUAGGAGCUAUUACAAGUGUACAAAUGCUGGAUGCCCGGUGAGGAAACAUGUGGAGAGGGCAUCACAUGAUCCAAAAGCAGUUAUAACCACAUACGAGGGAAAGCACAAUCAUGAUGUUCCUGCUGCAAAGACGAAUAGCCAUGAUGUGGCAGGAUCCUCACCACCUGUUAGUGGAAUGUCAAGAGUCAGAUCAGAAGAUUGUAGCACCAUUAGUCUUGAUCUUGGAGUUGGAAUGAACUAUGGAGUUGAAAACAACACCUAUGAGCAACAAAGUGCAUUAGGUUCUGAGCAUGUCAGAAGUCAGGUUCAAGCAUCUACAGCUCCAACACGCUAUGGUGUAGCUAAUGGAGGCAUUAUUCUUUAUGGAUCCAGAGACAACCAUGUUGAAAACCAUAAUUUCGAAUCUCCGCCUUUAGGCCAGUUCUCUUAGUCAUAAUCUUAAUAUCAAGGGAACGAGCUUUCCUGACCAAUAUAGUUCUGGUCGAAGGAAAGAAUAAAACAAUGCAAGGAUUCUUAUUAUUAUUUUUUUUUGCAUCUUUAUGAGGGAUACAUGGCUGAGCCGGUAAUUAUCUCAAGCCGGCAUAAGUAGCCCUUGUACAAAUAUCUUGUAUAUUAAUUGGUACCUUACUAUUAUGGUUAUUGAUUAUUCAGCAGCACAAAUGCAAGCACCUUUCGGACCAAUGUUACUGAAAGUUAAUGCAACUCUAAACUACUUUGAGUUCA